AAUGCGUAUCCCUACGGCAAAGCGUAAGUUUGCUUCCUGAUUUCUGUGAUGGCCAUCAAACUCCAUUAUCGGACUGACUCAACCAAAUUUGAACUAACUUUUUUUUCUUGGUGGUGAUUUUAGUUUCAUUGAUGCUGCCAGGGAAGCCCACGUGGAUCAUAUUAUUUUCCUUACUCCUUUCUCGCCUUUGGAUCCCAUUUCCAAAGUGAUGCAUUCCCAUCAUUCGUUGAGCCAUGAUGAUCCCACCUCCUAUCGACAUCAAUUCAUGCUGAUCGAAUCGUAUCUGCGCAGCGAAUUUGACAACAGUCAAGUUACUAUUUUGAGAUAUCCCGGUAUCAUGCAUCAACAUUUGCUGGUGUUUGGCAAAUAUAUUGCCGAGCACAAUGCCUUUCCAUUGCCGACCAAACUCAUGGAAAUCACCGUCGAGACUUCCAACAUGCUGGACAUUGCACGUGCGACCGCUUGCAUUGCGUAUUCCCCCACUUUACGUCACAGCAGAAAUGCGUACAAGAUUACGGGGCCCCAAUUACUCACACUGCAAGAAGUGAGCGCAAGGGUUUUGACUGGUCUCAAACGCGACGUGGCUUUCAAUUUGAUGGACAUGACCGCUCUGAAACAGAUUCUAUGUGACAGCCUCGGCAACGAAGAUCAUGUUGUAUUCCUUUUGGAGAUGUGGGGUUUACAACAACAAAAGUUAACAGGUCGACGUUUCGAAAUCACUCGCGACUUGGAAGCUUUGACGGGACAAAGCGGGACAACCUUGAAUGAAUUCCUUGACGAUGACACGGUGCGUGAUGCUUUCCAUAUGACAUCGCCCUCGGUUGCCUAAACUACCACACGAUACCACCCGCUUUUUCUUAUUUUUUUUCUCCUCUCUUCUCCUCUCAUACUCCUAAUUGACUUGAUUUAAUUUUCGUUCUUUGCUUUCCGUUGUUUUUAUGUCCAUUUACUUUAUUUUGUAGUACAUAGUCAUUUUCCUUCUACUUUUUUUUAUGGGGAUAUUCCCCUCCAUUUGGUGCUUAUGAAUUACUUUACUGUUUCACACCUAUUUCAGGCACAUCCUGUACACUUGAAUCCAAAAUAUGCAAAUAUCAUAAUAUAAAUAUUUUCUCUGAUCAUCCCAGUAUAGGUGUGUUCUUCCAACGAUGUUAAGCUUUUCUUGUGGCCAAAAUUUUCUGUUUAGGAUGAAAAAUUCUGCAACGAAGAAAACAGUGGAUGAUGGCUAUUUCAUCAGUCAGUCAUGCUUGUUUCAUAUG